AUGCUUACAGAUUUCGAGGAUAAAGUAAAGAAAUUGUCGAAGCUGACCAAAGAAGUAGAUAAUGAAGCAGAAUCUGACAAAAGUUCAGAAAUCGUUCAUCUGGUCGAGAAUGUCCGCGAACAAUAUGAAUCCCUCCAUAAUCGUUACAGUCAUCUCACUGGACAGCUACGAAGCAAGGGUGAUUACAAGGGUAAAACAGAUGGAAGCUCUUCAUCUUCCUCCAGCUCAGACUCGGAAUCUGACCAUUCUUCGAAGAAGCAAACCAAGAAAAAAAGCAAAGGAGAGAAUGGGUCUAAAAAUCUUACAGAAAGCCUGAAACAUGAACCUGAAGUUACAAAUAAGAAAUUGGCUGCUAUCAGUGAUGAGAUAGAAGCUUUAAAUUUGAAAAUGCAAGAAUCAGAUAAAAUCAUUGAAGAUCUCAAAAAGAUAGAAGCUGAAUUGAACCAGAAAUUGGAAGACAGAAAGAAAGAAAAUGAAGCUUUGAUCACGGAGAAGUCAACGGUUGUGGCCAAGAUGGAAGAGAGGGAAGAUGCAUUUUCUGCACUUACAAAGAAAUACUCAGACCUCGAAAGUGAAAAAUCAGCUGCAGUUCACGGGUUAGAGGCGCAGAUAGCUGACCUCAAACUGGAAUUGGACGCCCUAAGUACCAGAGAAAAGGACCUUCAAGAACAAAUUGGAAGUAAAACCAGUGAAGCUAUACAGUUGAGAGAGGAAAACGCCAGUUUGCAGUUACUCAAAACUGAAUUGCAAGAUCAAGUUUUGGUCGUGGAAAGCAAAUUGAGCGAAAAGAUAGAAGAGCUCUCCGGUGUUCUGAGCAACCUUCAACCGGAAAUAGACACGUUGAGACUUCAGAAUGGCGAAUUGGAAGAACAGGUGAAGACCAAAACCUCCUAUGCUAACCAGUUGAAAGAGGAUAUUUCUGCGUUGGACAUUCUGAAAUCCAACUUGGAAGGUCGAAUUAUUGGUUUAGAAGAAGAUUUGAGAUCGAAAGAAGGUAGUCUCAAUGACCUCCUGAAACAACUCGAGGAUGUUAAGAUUAAAACAUCAGAAGAAGGUGAUGCCUUAAGGGAGGAUUUAACAGCAAAAAUUAAGAGCUUGGAACUGGAGGUAGGCUCGUUGGGUAUCCAGAAAAGCGAGCUAGAAGAGCAGUUAAGCAUUAAAGUCAGCCAGGCAGAACAGUCGUGGGGAGAGAACUCUGGGCUGCGACUUUUGAAAUCUAGCAUGGAAGAACAGAUCUCUAAUCUGAAUAAUUUGGUAGAGGAAAUGAAAGUGAAAGAAGAGAACCUUGGUGAUCAGCUAAGAAAAGUUGAGGGUGACAAGAACGGAGCACUAGCAGAAACCGAUACACUAGUGGAAGGAUUAAAGAUACAGUUAAGUAGACUGCAAGUUGAAGUAGAUUCCUUGAGCAGCCAGAAAAGCGAGUUAGAGGAGCAGGGAAAAACUAUGUCCCAUGAAUCUCAACAGUUGAGAGAAGAAAACUCGGAUCUGCUACUAUUAAAAUCCAGCAUGGAAGAACAGAUUACAAGUUUGAACAAUUUGUUAGAGGAAAUGAAAGUGAAAGAAGAAAACCUUUGUGACCAGUUGACAAAACUCGAGGAUGGCAACAACGUAGCAGCAGCAGAAAUCAGUUCAUUAGUGGAGGUAGUCGAAGGAUUAAAGAUACAAGUAAGCACCCUGCAGCUUGAAGUAGAUUCCUUGAGCAGCCAGAAAAGCGAUUUGGAAGAGCAGGUAAAGAUUAGAACCAAUGAAUCUGAACAAUUAAGCGCAGAAAACUCAGAGCUUCACGCUAAACAAACUACCCUGCAAGAAGAAGUUUCAGCAUUGAACCAGGAGUUGAAAGAGAAAGAGGAAAGUUCCUUGGGGAAAGUCGAUGCACUAAUGGAUCAAGUUAGGAAUCUGCAAGAAGAGCUGACAACGUGUAAAAUUGCGUUGGAAAGAGCAGAAGAGAAUCUAAACGAGCUUCAAGCAAGGCUGCAAAUAUCGGAUAAAGAGAAGGCAAAUAUAUCUGAGGUAACGGAGUCAAAAACUGCGAUGAUUGAGAUGCUGCAGAAAAAACAACUAGAUUUACUUUCAAAUAUUUCAAAGUUACAGGAGGAGAAGGGUGACUUUGAAGUGAAGCUCCAUCUAUCAAACAGGAGGCUGGUUGUAGCAGAGAAAACACUGAGCGAGAAAGAAGCAACUUAUGAGAAAGCAGAAAAGGAUUAUCUUCAAGAACGUAAAUCACUUGAAGAACGAGUUGCUUUAUUAACAAAUGAGAUUUCUUCUGCAAGGAGUGAUCUAAAGGAGACCAAAGAUUGUAUCCAGAAAGCAGUUAAUGCAUUCAAUGAACUGGAGGUGUCUGUACAGAGCUCUAUGGUAGAUCAAGCAUCAAAUGAGAAUCGCAUUUCAAAAUUCACAGAAGAGCUUCAAGAUGCGAAGAUAUGGGCAACAGGAAUGAACAAAGUAAAAGACACAUUGCAGAAAAAGAUGACUGCUUUAUCUGAAGAGCUUAAAGAGAAGAAAGAAAAGGAAUCAUCGUUAAGACAGAAGGUCGAGAAGUUAGAGCUACUGAUAAAUGAGGAACACCAAGAGAAGGAGAGCUUAUCGACUAAAGUGGAAGUGUUGGAGAAGAAUCAGAAAGAGAUGAAAGAAAUGACGAGUUUUAGAGAUGAAGAGAAAAGAGAAGCUAUUAGACAACUCUGUUUAUGGUGUGAUUACCGCAAUGAACAGUGCGACCGUCUUAAGGAAAUGGCUCCAAAGAUUCUCCAGAGGCACCAAAGAACAGCUUAAGUCGGUGUCUAUUUCCCUCCCUGUUAGAUUCUUACCAGUUGAUACAAUUUCAUCCUUCAAUUUUUUGUAAUCUGUGUUAUUUUUCUGUUCCAAAUUUUAUUUUUGUAUCUUGAUUUUAGAACAUAAGCAAGUUAGUCAUCUUCAAUUCAUUCAGUUAGUUCAAUAAAACAUAAAGAGGGUAAUU